AUGCGGGCGGUGAGCUGCCGCGAGGCCGAGAGCGAGGAUGAGGCGUUGGCGGAUGCGUUCUGGAACACCUGCAAAGCGGCGCCGCCUCCCGCAGUACCGCCACCCAGACCCAGGCCGCCAGCGCCUGCCUCGAUAGCCUUGGCCUCGCGCCAGCGGAUGGCGCGGCCCAAAGUGGGGCUGUCCAUGGCGCCCAGGUCCACGGACGGGGACAGCCCAGUGCCGCCGCCGCGGCACGAGGAUGAAGCUGAGGACCACGAGCGUCACGAGCAUGAGGAGGAAGAAGCAGAUCCACUCUUUCGGCAUCCAUCACGACCGAAGAGGACGGUUCCGGUGGUGCAGCCGGUGCAUGGCCAUGGCAUGUGGCCAUGA